AUAAUCUUCUGCUCUGUUUCUUCGGAAACCCUAGUUUGCUCUCAACUCGUUGUCUGCGUCUCUGCUGCAGCUUCCGCUUAGAGGAAGAGCUUUCUCACCGGCAACGAUGAUUAUCCCCGAGAACAACCGCAAAGAGAUCUGCAAAUACCUUUUCAAAGAGGGAGUUUGCUAUGCGAAGAAAGAUUUCAACCUUGCUAAGCAUCCGUUGAUCGAUGUCCCCAAUCUGCAAGUGAUCAAACUUAUGCAGAGCUUCAAAUCCAAGGAAUACGUUCGGGAGACAUUCGCAUGGAUGCAUUACUAUUGGUACUUGACCAACGAAGGGAUUGAGUUCUUGAGAACUUAUCUUAAUCUUCCAUCGGAUGUUGUUCCCGCCACAUUGAAGAAGUCUGCUAAACCUGCUGGCCGUCCCUUUGGUGGCCCACCUGGUGACCGCCCGAGGGGACCACCACGGUUUGAAGGAGACCGUCCUAGAUUUGGUGACCGUGAUGGAUACCGUGGAGGGCCUCGUGGCGGUGAUUUUGGAGGAGAAAAGGGAGGUGCCCCUGCAGAUUUCCAACCGUCUUUCCGGGGUACCGGUGGAAGCAGGCCUGGCUUUGGCCGUGGUGCUGGUGGUUACAGCGCCGGAGCUCCGUCUGGUUCAGGUUUCCCUUGAAGAAGAAGGAGAGAGCAUUUUGGUGUUUCAUGUCAAGACUGUCUUUAUCUCACAGUUAGUUCCAGUUUUGGUUUUUGUACCUUUCUCCCUCAUUGCUAUCUAUCACAAAGACGGUAUUAUGUCUUCUUCGCCAAGUCACUUUGAAAUGGAUUGCUUUCGCAUUUACCAUGUUUUUGUUUAGGUUAAAAUUAAUGUCUUCAAUGGACUUAUCAUAU